GCAGCGAUGGAACAGCGAUAGUGAUGGCGCAACGAUGGCGCACCGGUGGAGAGCGAUGGCGCAGCAAUGGCACGGCGAUGGAACAUCGAUAGCGAUGGCGCAACGGUGGAGAGCGAUGGCGCAGCGAUGGAACAGCGAUAGCGAUGGCAGCGAUAGCGAUGGCAGCGAUAUCGAUAGCGAUGGCAGCGAUAGCGAUAGCGAUGGCGCACCGAUUGAGAGAUGGCGCAGCGAUGGCCAGCGCUGUGAUGAGAGCAAUAGCGAUUGUCAGCGCUGCGAUGGUCAGGCAAGCGCGACGACUGCGAUGGGGGAUAUAGCUUUGCGUCGCGAUGGCGAUGAGCUAAGCGCAUCAAUGGCGAUGGUGCAUGGCGAGCGUUGGUGAUGGCGAUGAGCUAAGCGCAUCGAUGGCGAUGGUGCAUGGCUAAGCGCAUUGAUAUCCAACGCCGUUGACAUUUGCAAAAUGGCUGAAUGACAGCGACACCGGAACUUAUAGAUUUUCAGGGUUUUUGAACUCGGCGCACAACGAAUCGCCGCUCCUCGGCGCGCAACGAACCGCCUCAGCGCACAAUGAAUCGCAGCACCUUAU